UUAAAUAUGCUUUGGCCUCUUGAAGCCUGGUACAUGGAUGUACCUAUUGUUACACGCCUAUUUAUUACUGGAGCAAUUGCUACAAGUAUUGCAGUACAAUGUAAUUGGGUGACACCAUUUCAGUUAUUUUUUUCAUGGCAUUCAGUUAUUAUUCGUAAACAAUAUUGGAGACUUGUUACAACAUUUCUUUAUUUUGGGAACUUAAGCUUUGAUUUUUUAUUUCAUAUUUUUUUUAUCGCACGAUACUGUCGUAUGCUUGAAGAAACAUCGUUCAGGGGGAGAUCUCGUGAAUUUGCUUAUCUUUUGCUUUACGCUACAACAUCUUUACUUAUUCUUUCGCCUCUCGUUUCUCUAACAUUUCUUGCAUCUCCAUUGUCGUUCUGUUUGAUUUAUUUAUGGUCGAGACGGAAUCCUUCAGUUCGUUUGUCAUUUCUUGGUUUAUUUGUCUUUAAUGCGCCAUAUUUACCAUGGAUUUUACUUUGGUUUUCAUUCAUCCUUCAUAAUACGAUUCCUAAGGGCGAUUUACUUGGUAUGUUUGUUGGGCAUGUUUAUUAUUAUCUUAAGGACGUUGUACCAACAAUUUCUUCAUAAUAUAAUUCCUAAAAAAAUAAAUAUCUAU